AAGCUGGAGGUGGGCUGGGUUUCAGCAGCCUAUCACGGUCCGCUCGGUACCAGUCUGAGCGAAGCUCUGGAUGAGGGCGGGUUCAGCUGCUGCUCAGAGCUCUAGUCCUUCCUCUUGAGCGAAAGGAGGCGCAGCGCCUGGACUGCUCAGAUAUUAAGCUCCGUGGUCGCCGUGGGUUCUCGCCGUGCUUGCUGGUUGAAUUUGACUGCGGAGACGGUUCGUAAACAACUGGCGCGGCUGCGGAGACGCGCCCAGCGGCGCAUCCGGCGGACGCGCUUCAGCGGAUGGAGCAGCGCGCAGUCGCCCGGAAAACGGUGCUCUGACUUCGGAGUAAAACCGGCGCAGAGGUCCCUGGAAGUGAAAAUUUGAGGAAAUUGUUAACGCAGCUGAAAUUAUGGAAGAACUUUCCAACACUCCAGUUGAAAAAUGGACAGAGUCCAUGGUGAGCACAUGGUUGCGCUCAAUAGGAGUGAAAGAACAGUAUGUUAAAAAGCUUCAUGAAGAAGAAGUGGACGGCCGAAUCCUCCUUGAGAUCACAGAGGACUUUCUGAAAAAAGAGACUGGAAUGAAAUCAGGCUAUGUACAUUUGAUCAUUACAAAAAGAAAUGAGUUAAUUAAUGCUUCCCGCGAAGUUCAGAGACAAACUGAUACGACACAUGAAAAGACUGUUCAGAAACGUGAUGAUAAAAACAAUGACCAAAAACCAGCAUCUGUCAAGGGUGGUUCAACUACCAGCAGUGGCCAGAAGGGAGAGAUCAAACAGGACUCUGUGGCUGUCCGGACAACAAAGAGCGAUGCAAAGCCUCGACCUUUCGGCAAAAGGGGCAUUGACUACACAUAUGUGAAGCACGGUGUUCUUCAGCCUGAAUCAGGUGUCAUUGAUCUUAUAACCCCCUGUCAUGAGUACAAGGCAUUUACAAUCGCCGCAGCAUUGGACUGUCAAAGAGUUCAAGCAAAGCUGGCAAAGGAAAUUUUCAAAUUUGCCACGGGAUGCAUGAACAUGCGAUCAAAUGGCACAAUACACUUUGGUGUAAUGGACGGAAAAGAUAACUCUGGCUAUGUACAUGGCGAAAUCAUUGGUUUUCCCAUUCAGAACAAAGACACGUAUGCUGAUGCGUUGAAUCUCAUUGACAGGUGUUUCUCCUCUGCCAACGUUGAACUUGUGCAGCAGUGCAUUCGACCACCUGAGUUCAUCCUGGUGAUUGACCCAAACAGUACUGAAGAACACUAUGUCGUUGAAGUUGACAUUGUACCUUCAAUAAGCAUCGUGAGAAAUAGGGUGUUUCCAGUCUUAUUGCCCAACUUCAAAGAGAAGAAAAACAAAAUUGAAUUUGAAAUUGAAACAAUUUAUCGCAGACUAGGUUCCAGAACACAGCCAGUCACUGACAGAAACGAAUUUUACCAUGGAGUUCAGAGCAGGGAUGCCCAAAGAGAGGAAAAAGAGCAAGAACAUUUGUUCACAAUUCCAGACCUCUGCCAGGAUCUUGGAAGAAAACUCAUCAUGCUUGUAACGGGUGGUAAGAAAAUCAUGGAACAAGAUAAAUGGUACAUCCUUGUUACAAACAAGUUUUCAAAGGAAGAUCUCAGCAACAUCGAUUUUUUGCUGAACAUGAAACUUUUCUGUGUGUUUGACUUUGACCCAGGUUCCAAAGAGUCUGGGUUAUGUCACGAAUAUGUCAAGCACCACGCUGUGAACCUUCACUUCAUGCAGAACUACAAAAUUCCAAGUGACACAAGCGUCAGAGAAUUUGAAGGUCAGCUCCACUUGUUUGAACAAACAAGUUGGAUUUUUUGUAAUGGACGAAGUGACUUCAAAGGCAAUGAGCCUCCUUUUGAUGAAAAUACUUGGUCCAAAACAAGGAGGACCUUCUUAAAAGAUUGUGUCUCAUUGAUCUGCAAAGAUAUCUUGCCUAAGGGAACCUUUCUUGUGGUCUUUCUCCUCACUUCUCCUGUUGAGACACCUCUCCUGAACACGUUCUACGAGUUCUUCACUGACAUGGAAGGUCAUGAAGACAUCAUCUGCAUUUCUGAAUCAGAGGAGAACUUUCGAAAAUGGCGGAACUUUGCUCUUGGAUCAUGCGACAUAGAAACUGUGAACACAUCAAGUGUUGUUGGUAUGAAAAUGAGCCACGUCAAUGCAACUCUCCAACGAGUCCAGACCACCACUACCCGUGCAGCUAAAUACUUACCUGUGUAUAUCAAAGGGGAAUGCUCUCUUGAGACACGUGACGAAGAAAAAAUGUGUUCCUUGGAAAUUUUGGGCACCAACCAGUGUGAGGACACCAAUCCUGAGUUGAUUGAAUUGGAGAAAGGGAGCAUAGAGAGAGAGUUUUACCUUGGAGGUAAAGUGACAUGGAUGAACUUCUGGCUUGCAGAGAAAGGUUUUGUUGGGGAAGUUAUUCAAAGAGAUGCCUACCAUGAUGUGACCAACCUCCUGAAGGACUCUCUGAAGUGGAGUUUGAGUCAGAUGCCUGUCAAUUUCAUCAACAUAUACCAUCAUCCUGGCAGUGGUGGAAGCACAGUAGCAAGACAGGUGCUUUGGAAGAACAGAAAGGAGCUGCGGUGUGCAGUUGUGAAGCCAUCAUUCUCUGUUGGUGUCGUUUCAGAACAUGCUGUCAUGUUAAGGGAGUAUGAGGAAAAAGAUCCACAGAAAUGCUGCUCUGUUCUCCUACUUGUUGAGGAUUGCGAGAAAGAGUAUCUAGAAGACUUGAAGAAUGAAUUAGAAGUGGCUGCCUACACUAAGAAAAUUGCACAUGGAACACCGUGUUUCAUUCUUCUUAGCUGUAUGCGAUCCUACACUCCAGAGGACAUGUGUAAGGGUUCACAUCUUCAGAAUGUCUCUGUGACUCACAGACUUUCUGCAGAAGAGAAAAGACACUUUGCAAGAAAACGGCAAAUGCUUGAGCGGCAGUUCAAGCCAGAGUUUAUCUUGACAUUUGUCUUGAUGAGUGAAGAAUUUGAAGAUGAGAUUAUUGCUAAAUAUGUCAAACAAUUUGUGAGACAUUUACUACAAGGCAUUGAUCAUGCGAAUGCUGUCACUCAGCUCAUUCGCUAUGUGGCUCUGCUCAACACCUACAUCCAGAACUCUUUCAUCUCUCAAUCACAUUGCGAAGCCCUCUUGCCUCUUGCUUUAACUGUCCCCAUGGAUAGAUUUCGACAACACGCAUUUGAGGCUUCGUUGAGUGAGCAGGCCAAAUUGGUUUUCAUACAUUUGAGAGAUGAAAGGACCCACAUUAAAUCUGUCAGAAUCAUUCACCCACUAGUUGCAAAGGAGAUCCUCCAUCAGCUUUUGGGUGACAAACAACAACAAAGCGACCUUGCACUGGAUCUUCUCAACAAUGAUGUACUCUUUGAACACAGAUUUGGGAGAGAAGAUUACGUGACGUUUCUUCGCGCGCUGUUCAUGAGACGCUCUAGGAUCAGCAAAGGUUAUGAGUCGGACAGUUUUUUCUCUCCUCUCAUUGAGCAUGUGAGAAAAAAAGAAAAUCCAGAAAAGGCUAUCAAGGUUCUUGGAGAGGCGUACAAAAGAUUCAACAAGGAUGCAUUCUUUGCUCAGCAACUGGCUCGUCUCAAUUACAGUCAUGAAAGAUUUGAAGAAGCAGAACAGUGGGCAGACACUGCAGCAAAAAAACAGCCUAACAACUCCUACAUUCUUGACACCAAAGGUCAGGUGUACAGAAGAUGGUUCACAGCGAAAUGCAAAGCCAUGGAAAAGAUUAAAAAGACCCCGGAGAACACAGCAGAUGCCAUUAAAACGGCUCUUAAAGCCAUUGAAUGCUUCCAAGCGUGUCAGAAGGCAGCAGUUGCCGACGUCGAGUCAAUGAACAACUCAGGUUUUUUUGGAACUGUAGAGGUGUGCUGCAGCUUGUUAAAACUAAUUUCUUCACUUCGCAUUUUCUCAAAGAAAACAAAUAGCGGUUCUGAAUGCCUGAAGUACUUGCUCACAGAAUACAUUCCCACAGAGGUUGAAAAACCAUGGGAGCAUUUUCACUUCAAGCUUAAAAAACUUCAUGCCAUAGUGCGUAAUGCCUUGGAAUGGAUAUCAGAAGACUUGAGUUACUUUCAGACCGACCUGAACACAGAUGAUGAGACCUCUGAGAGCUGUGAGCAGACAUUACGUCACCCUAAGCGUUGGUUGGUAAACAAGUCUGCUGUUUAUGGCAAGUUCUUCAGUGAUGCCUCAUUCAGCAGUGCGUCUAGUCUUCGGCAGUCUAACCCAGAUGGUCUGACUCCGUUCACUAAACGCAUGAUGAUCUGCCACCUUGGUGGAGGAAACAUCACAACAGUCCUUUCCAUCCUAGACCAGAAAGAAAAUGAUGCAGAAGCAGUCAGAUUUUUGGAGGACAUCAUUUUACUGUAUCCGAAGAACCCUAUGACUGCUAAAAUGGAUCAGUUGGAUCUUGUUAACUUCAUUGCAUCACAUAUUGCUUUAAGUGCAGUCUCAAUCCAGUCACCUAAGCUGGCUGCGUUCAGUGAUCUGCAAAGGCUGAGCCAUCUGUUUCCACAAGACCAGUCAAAAUGCCUGUCAAGUGCUCUAUUUUUAUGCAUGUUGUUAUUCUGGCCAGAAGAGCACGACACUGAUGAUGAAAAGGAGAACAAAUACGAAACUGUUCUCUCUGCUAUCGAAUUCCUCCAAAAAACAUAUUGGAGCAAAAUGAAGGAUAUCCCUCACAGAAGGAGACGGAUUUACACUCACUUCUUCCUGAGAAAUGGAGUUGGGUAUGAGAAGUUUGUCCAUAAGAGCAAGAUUGAAGACCUCUCAAAAUUGACCUCUGUGUCAGAAAAGCGUCUGAAAUGGUUCAGAGGGGAAUUGUGGAAAACGACAGAAAUUGCCGAUGUGCUCAAACAUGUGACGGGCUGGACAGAGAAUGGCACUGUGUACCUUGAGGGUCCGAAAAAGAAAAAGUUCCCUGUUCAUGCUGUGUAUGUACACUCAGUGCCCUACGACAAUGAGAACGUCACCUUUUAUCUGGGCUUCACGUUCAGAGGACCUGUUGCAUACAACAUCAAGCCAACAGGAGCCUAAAUGUAGCGUCCUGACUGAGUAGAAUCACACUGUCGGCAGAUUAUGGCAAACCGACUUGGUAAAGUUACAAAGGCUGUACAAGUUUUUGUUUUUUUUUUUUGGUCUGCAUGGUCCAAUGAGUGGGCCAUUGUAUGUCAUCAAGAUGUAAAUCUAAUUAGCCUUUAAAGCUUGUAUUUCGUUUGCACUGAAUUAUCGAGAUUUUGAAACGGUGGCACGUCUGUCGGAGCAAGUGAUUUGCGGUAAAACAUGCUGAUGGUGCUAUGUGAUCACACAGUCCUUUACAUGAUGUAAAUAUGAGAGCUGUUUUAGUUUAAACACCCCAGUACCAGCCCUGCUAAAUGCUUCUUUGCAGACAUCUUGUAGUUCCAGAUUCUGAUGUAACCACUGUUGUAGCUGAGGUAACACUGGUUCUUCAUGCUGUUGAAAAGGCUGGGAAGGGCACAACCAAUGUCUUAACUCAGAUUCCCUCUGAACAGAGCGAGGGUAAACACAUGAUGUCACAAAAUUGUGUGUCUCAUUUGCCCAGGAGAAUAGCACCUAGUUACCUUUACUCAAUUGCGUGUACCUAAGUAAAAUGUUGAAAGAGUUGUACUAUCAUGGGUGUUUUCAAAUCAUAAAACUUCUACUUUUACUCAAGUAUAUUUGUGAAGAAUAAUCACAUUUCUUUUUUUUUGUUAUGUUUCACUGGGUUAUGCUGGCAACAGCACCUAUGCUGUGUUGCCAUUGCUCGUACCUCUCACCUUUUAGGGUCUUAGGGUUAUUUUAGACCAAAAGAAUCCAAAAAAGAGAAGAAUAACCCCCUAACAAACUUCAGUGUACUAAGAUGUUUCACUGCAGUACUAUACUGUAGUGUAUAACAUAUCACUUUUAUGCUUCUUUACCCACCGCACUUAUUUCUAAUAGUGUAUUGCCUUUUAUUUCUUGACGCUUCACCCAUUUCCAUCGCAUUGUUUACCCGUCUUUAUCAGUCUUCCAUAAGGAUUUCACAUCUGUGUGUCUGUUAAGACUUUUUAUCAUUGCACGUUUUUAUGUCCAUACAUUUGUUUCCUGACUCGUUUUUCUACAUUUAUAUUUUUUUACUGUCAUUUUCAUUGUAUAAUGGCCUGCGAUGCCACCUGUGCUGUAAUAAACAUUGAUAUAGUUCUUAAUUCA